AUGGCAGGUGCUGAAACCUCAUCUUCUUCUUCAUUCAGUAAUGGGUUUACCUAUGAUGUGUUCGUUAGCUUCAAAGGCUCAGACACUAGCCACAGUUUUACUGGCAUUCUCUUUGAGGCUCUAUGUGAGAGGGGAAUCAACACCUUCAUGGACAAUGACGACGAAGAGUUUCAGAUAGGAGAGGAAAUCAGAGCAAUUGAAAAGUCCAAGGUUGCCAUCGUUGUGUUUUCUAAGAACUAUGCAUCUUCCUCGCGGAACUUGAAUCAACUUGUCAACAUCAUUGAGUGCUGUAAAAAGAAAGGACGGUUGGUUAUGCCGGUUUUUUAUGACGUUGAUCCUUCUGUCGUGCAAGAUCAGAGAGGGGCUUAUGGUCAAGCAUUGGCUGAGCAUGGGCGCAAGUUCAAGGAUAACCCGGAGAAAGUGAAGAAGUGGAGGAGGGUUCUGAAAGAAGCUAGCUUGUUUGGCUGGUAUUUGAAACCUGGGGUUGGAUAUGAAUAUGAAUAUGUCAAGAGCAUUGUUGAAGAGGUCUUCAGGAGGAUUACUAAUCGUUCUUUGUUUGUAGCGGAUUACACUAUUGGACUAGACUCUCGAGUGGAAGAAGUAUGCUCGCUUCUGUAUAUUGGAUCUGCUGAAGUCCGCAUGGUAGGGAUCUAUGGAAUAGGUGGGAUAGGUAAAACGAUACUUGCUAAAGCAGUUUAUAAUGACAUUGCAGAUGGCUUUGAAGCAUCAUGUUUUCUUGGUAGUGUGAGAGAAAUUUAUGACAGACAUGGAUCUAUGUUUCUCCAAGAGAUGCUUCUUAAUGAGAUACUUGGAAAGAAAGAUAUUCGGUUAGGCAGUGUCGACGAUGGAAUCUCAAUAAUAAAGGAAAGGCUCCAACACAAGAGAGUUCUUUUGAUUCUAGAUGACAUCAGCAAACUAGAGCAAUUGGAGGCCUUGGCUGGAAGUUCUGAUUGGUUUGGUUCUGGCAGUAGAGUUAUCAUUACAACUCGAAACAAACAUUUGUUAACAUAUCACAGGGUUGAAAUAACAUACGAGGUACAGGAGUUAAAUAAUAAAGAUGCUCUUGAAUUGUUUAGUAGGUGUUCUUUUAAAGAUGGCAAAAUUGAUCCAAGUUAUGUGGACAUUUCAAAACAAGCUAUAGAUUAUGCUUCUGGCCAUCCUCUGGCUUUGCGAGUAAUAGGUUCCAACUUACUUGGAAGAAGUAAAGAAGAAUGGGAACAUGCAUUGCAAAGGUUUAAAAGGAUUCCUCUAGAUGAUAUUCAAGAUGUACUUAAAGUAAGCUUUGAUGCAUUGGAAGAAGAAGAAAAGAAGGUUUUUCUCGACAUUGCUUGUUGUUUCAAUGGAUAUAAAUUGACAGAGGUUGAAGAUAUACUGUGUGCUCAUCGUGGUGACCACAUCAAACUUCUGAUUAGAGUGUUGAUAGAUAAAUCUCUGAUAAGUAUCAGUUCGAAUAGUAAGCUGAUACUACACUCCCUAAUAGAGGACAUGGGUAAAAAUAUUGUUUACCAGGAAUCACCACAUGAACCUGGGCAACGCAGUAGGUUAUGGUUCUCUAAAGAUAUAAUUGAUGUACUACAAAAAAAUACAGGAUCUACAAAAAUUGAAAUUAUACAUUUGGGUUUCCCUUUAUUGGAAGAAGAAGAAGUACAAUGGAAUGUAAAGGCCUUCAAGAAGAUGAAAAACCUCAAAACACUUAUUAUUAGAAAUGGUCAAUUUUCUAGAGGUCCCAAGCAUCUUCCUAAUAGUUUAAAAGUAUUGGAAUGGUGGAGAUAUCCUUCAGAAGAUUUACCAUCUGAUUUUGAUCCAAAGAAGCUUGCCAUUUUGAAAUUACCAAAUACUCACAUUGUAUCACCCGAGCUGGCUGAGUUACUUAAGAAGUUCUUGAAUUUGAGAGCUCUGAAUUUCGGCUAUGGUCAAUGCAAAACACAUAUUUCACAUAGGGUUCCUGCUGAAUUUUUGCAGACUUCACUAAGGAUUCCUAAAAGCUCACCAAGUGUUCCUGAAAUUUUACACACUUCACAAAGUUUUCCUGAAGUGCUGCAGACUUCACCAAGGAUUCCUGAAAGCUCACCAAGUGUUCCUGACAGAGGGUUCUUGAAAUUUUGCAGACUGAAAGGGUUUCUAAAAUCUCACAAGGGUGACCGUGAAGUUUCACAAAGUUCUGAGCUUUUACCAAUUUCAGAGAGGGACCUUAAAGUUUCACCAAGGGUUUUUCCUGAAGUUUUGAAGACUUUGAGGAGGGUUUUUCCUGAAGUUUUGAAGACUUUGAAGAGGGCCCUUCAAGCUGACAUGAAGUGGAAACUUGUUGGCCUUGGGUCAAGUGUUACUGGCCUAACUUGUCAUGCUCUUAGCCCUUCCUUCAAUCGUUUAAUUAAAGGGUGGAACUCUUUCAAGUUCGUUCUCUAUGGGUUAUUAUCCUUGGUUAUCUGUGCGACCAUAUUAUUUGCAGGGCCUUGUUCACAGUCAAGGAGCCAUGUUCAGCUCAAAUCUUGCGUGGGAUUUGCGGUUUUGAUGAUAAUCUCUGUGUACUCAUAUUAUUAUGACAGAGCCGUGAAUGGGAAUCCUGAAAUCUUGAGCUUGGUUUCAAAUGCUUUAUUUGCUUUGAUGUCACUGAGUUUUUCCAAAAGAAUUAAGUUUGGCUUUGAGAUGGGUAUAUUCUGUUAUUUCAUAGGCUGCUUUGCAAUUCAAUUGGUGAGCAUCAACUUCAAGCUGAUUUUGGUUGCCAUGUUCUAUGGCUGUCCACUCUUCAUCGUGCAUUCUCAACCGGAGAUUCAGAAUGGAGGUUGA